AAAGCGCUUGCCGUUUCGCGCCUUUUGGCGACUUCUGCGCCGGGAGCCCCGCGACAGUACGGCAGCCAUGGCGUCGCCCUUCAGCGGGGCGCUGCAGCUGACGGACCUGGAUGACUUCAUCGGGCCCUCUCAGGACUGCGUCAAGCCCAUGAAAGUGGAUAAGAGCACAGGAAGUGGCAUGGCCAAGAUCCACAUUGAAGAAGAUGGGAGUUACUUCCAGGUCAGGCAGGACGGAGGGACUCAGAAGCUAGAGAAGGCCAAGAUCUCACUGGGUGACUGCCUGGCGUGCAGUGGCUGUGUCACCUCCGCGGAGACCGUCCUCAUCACGCAGCAAAGCCAUGAGGAACUGCGGAAAAUUCUAGAUGCCAAUAAGACGGCGGCCCCCAGUCAGCAGAGGCUAGUUGUGGUUUCUGUGUCGCCCCAAUCCAGAGCGUCACUGGCCGCAAGAUUUCAGCUGACUCCUACAGACACUGCCAAGAAGCUGACUGCAUUCUUCAAGAAAAUCGGGGUGCACUACGUGUUCGACACCGCCUUCUCGAGGAACUUCAGUCUCCUCGAGAGUCAGCGAGAAUUUGUGCAGCGGUUCCGAGGACAGGCCAGCUCCACACAGACCUUGCCUGUGCUCACGUCAGCCUGUCCAGGCUGGAUCUGCUAUGCGGAGAAGACGCAUGGGAGCUUCCUUGUCCCUCACCUUAGCACAGCGCGGUCCCCGCAGCAGGUCAUGGGCUCCCUGGUCAAGGACUUCUUUGCCCAGCAGCAGCAUUUGACCCCUGACAGGAUCUACCAUGUGACGGUGAUGCCUUGCUAUGACAAAAAGUUGGAAGCUUCCAGACCAGACUUCUUCAGCCAGGAGCACCAGACUCGUGAUGUGGAUUGCGUGGUCACCACAGGAGAAGUCUUCAAGUUGCUAGAGGAAGAAGGGGUCUCCCUCUCGGAGCUGGAGCCAGCCCCCUUGGACAGUCUGUGCAACGGCGCAUCUGCCCAAGAGCCCACCAGCCAUCGAGGCGGAGGCUCGGGGGGCUACCUGGAGCAUGUGUUCCGGCAUGCAGCCCAGGAGCUCUUUGGGAUCCAUGUGGAUGAGGUCACCUACAGACCCCUGAGGAACAAAGACUUCCAGGAGGUGACCCUGGAGAAAGAGGGCCGCGUCCUGCUGCACUUUGCUGCCGCCUAUGGCUUCCGCAACAUCCAGAACCUGGUGCAGAAGCUGAAGCGAGGGCGCUGCCCGUACCAUUACGUGGAGGUCAUGGCCUGCCCCGCAGGCUGCUUGAACGGCGGAGGCCAGCUCAAGGCUCCCAGCACAACUAGCAAGGAGCUGCUCCAGCACGUGCAGAUGCUGUACGACGCGGUGACGGUGCAGGUGCCAGAGGAUGCGCCUGGUGUCCAGGAACUGUACGAGCACUGGCUGCAGGGCGAGGGCUCAGAGCGGGCUGGCCGCCUGCUGCACACCAGCUACCGUGCGGUGGAGAUGGCCAGCUCUGGCCUCAGCAUCAGAUGGAGGCCAGAGGUUCCACAAGGUCCCAGAACCUCCCCAUGGGCCCAGGUCUGCGAUCAGUGUUCUCUCUGCUGCCUGGAGACCCAGGUAAGGCCCAGGCCUGUGGGCAGCUUAAGGCAGAGCGAAAGUGGGAUUCCUCCCCAUUCCUGGAGUCAUCCAUGCCAGACUGGCGGAGAGCCCUCUGGCCCUGGACGGCAGGGAACGCUGGCCAGAGAGGAGUGCGCAGCCCACAGCACCCCACGCUGGGGGUGGCGUACCUGCCCCACCUGGAACUGGGCGUUGAAGACGCCAUGGUCUCUGGGACCUGACAGCUUGCAUUUCUGCGCAGUUCCGGGCAGGAAGCAGGCUCUGUUAGAGAGACCCCGUGAGAUCAGGCGCUGAGUCCCAUCUGCACAGCUGGGUCUCCACUUACAGGGGUGGGGGAGAGGGUAGAGUGGGGUGAGACCGCCCAGCGUGUUGUCACAGGGCUCCCCAUCUAAUAAAGGGAUCUCUCUGAAAAC